UUCUCAUCGAAGCGAAAAUAGAAAUGAUGUAAUGAUGUUUACUUUUUGUAUGGACGGAUGGACCAGGGGUGUCCUUUACACAAAAAGCUGUUGUUGGAGCUCCAAAAUCGACAUACAACGUUGUCUGAACAUUUAAGAAUUCAGGUGUAACAGCCAACAAUGUCUUUGGUGGCAGCCAUAAAUGAGAAGUACAGGAUCAAUGAAGAAGAUUUUCAGUCCAGUUUUGUUAAGUUUGGAAAAUAUAACACUGAUAAAGCCAAAGAAUAUUUGAAUUGUAUUCCUGAAAGUGUGACUUUGCAACACUAUGGCCUUGAUUCCAUAGGCCAGGAUGAGGAAUUGAAGGAGCUUUGCCGGAACUUGAAGACUCUCGAUUUAGCUGGAAAUGAAUAUGCAAGUUGGAAUGCUGUCUUGCUACUUUUCAAGAAUUUACCAUGUCUUGAGCUUCUGAACCUGAGUCACAAUCCUUUGUUGGGCCAUUUUCCAGAUCCUGGAAAAAUUGUUGCAGAAAAGCUUAAAACUCUAAUUUUGAAUCAUAUAAAUGUGUCCUGGGAAGAGAUAAGUCAACUCCAACAUUGCCUUCCUUGCUUAGAAGAACUUCAUUUCAGCCUCAUUGACAAGAGCAACAUUGCUACUGUGGAUCCCCACCAGUGGCCUUCGGUAAAAUGCUUGCACUGCAGUAAUAGUGGACUGGCAACCUCACAAGAUAUACAGGCUCUGGGGCGAAUGUUCCCCAGCUUGCAAAGCCUUAUCAUAGUUGAAAACCCUUUCUGUGAUUUUGGUGACAAUAUAGAGAUGUUUUUCCCAGAACUGAAAUGUUUAAACAUCAGUAAGACAGGUUUAAGCGAAUGGAAUGAGCUGGAAAAAUUGAGGAAACUUCCAAAGUUACGUGAAAUAAGGCUUAAGGGUAUUCCUCUAUUGGACGGUCUGUCAGAUACUCACAGGAGACAGCACACGAUUGCUAGAUUACCGAUGAUUACAAUAUUGAACGGCAGUUCGGUUGGGGAUAGUGAGCGGGUAGCAGCAGAGAGGGCAUUCUUACGGUUCUUCUUAUCAAAGGAUAAGAAACCAUCUAGAUGUGUUGAAUUAGAAGAAGUUCACAAAGACAUUGUGCCUCUAGUAGAUGUUGACUUGACGCCAAUAUAUGUGGUCACAUGUUUGGUCAUCUUUGAGGAGAAGCAGAAAUUGAUGAAGAUAAAUACAAAAAUGACCAUCCUGGAAUUGAAAAAAUCUUUAAAAGAAUUUGUUGGUUUACCAUUGAAACAGUUUCAACUACUGUAUCGUGAUGUGCAGUUGAACCAAGGAGCCAAUAUGCUAACUUUCAGCAAGAAGGUGUUAUAUUCCUUAAAUGUAAGAGACGGUGAUGAAUUUAUAUGUCGAAGACGAUGAAGUUUAGUGUGGAGAUUCCAACAGGUGAUGUGUAGUAAAAUGAUGUAUUGUAAUUGCAUAUAUUCAAAUGGGUUAUUGCAAGAUGUUUAGUUUGAAGAUAUGAUAAUGAACAUUUGGUAACCAAAGAGUAAAUUUAACUUACAGACAGUUAAACUUGCUUAAGUCAAUCUUAUUUUCAUGCCACAAUGUUGUGUUUUUCAUAAUCAAAAAUCUGUAAGUCAAACGGUUUUUCAAUGCCAUUUUGGAUUUGACUUAGGCAAGUUCAACUGUAUUGUGCAUUGUAUCUUUGUACUGACAGUUUCAAUGUGCACUAAUGCUUAGUUUAUGCUACGUUCCUUGAAUUAGUUCCAUUUAUUUUGUUUACCACCAGAUCAACUUGUUUUUACAGGUACAGUAUUGCUUGGUCAUUGAUUAAACAGUGACUAAUCCAGAACAUGUGGAGGAGGGGGUUAACAAAAAUUGUAUUAUAAAACAUCAUUACUUCCCCUUUGUUUUUAUAUUUAAAAUCCUUAUUGUAAUAAACAAAAAGAAUAGUGAACAUAAAAUUUAGUUUCUUAGUGUCUAAUAUUAUAUACAAAAGUGAAUGAAAAAAUAUGUUUAAUUUUAUAGAAAUGAUUCAACUUUUUGUAGCUGAAUUCUUAU